AUGGAGAAUGAAAGACAAGUGCCAAAUGAAGAGAAUGACCUACAACUUCAGGUCACAAAAAUGUUUGAGGGGAUGCAUGUGAGUGUAGAAUUGGAUGGUCUAGAAUGGGCCUUGCAACCGCAACUUGGUGUUAUAGCUAUUGGUCCUUCUAGAGUAGAGGAGGAGGAUGGUGACCAUUAUAUGGAGCCUGGUGUUGACCAUGAGGGAGAUGAUCCAGUUGGAGCUAAUGAGGAGUGA